AUGGGAAGGAAAAACCAGGAAGCAUUGGAUCUUGGGCUGGCUACUAUUUACAGUAGCCAGCCCAAGAUCCACAGAGUUAAAAUUAUAGCCUUUAGCUCCUGGCUCGGCUCCUGGCUCGGCUACUGGCUCGGCCCCUGCUCGGCCCCUGGCUCGGCCCCUGGCUCGGCUCCUGGCUCGGCCCCUGGCUCGGCCCCUGCUCGGCCCCUGGCUCGGCCCCUGGCUCGGCCCCUGGCUCGGCCCCUGGCUCGGCCCCUGGCUCGGCCCCAGGCUCGGCCCCUGGCUCGGCCCCAGGCUCGGCCCCUGGCUCGGCACCUGACUCGGCUCCUGGCUCGACCUCCUCUUCAAAACUUCAGGCAUCUACCCAAAGUUUUUUUUUAUGGAUUUCCAGUCAGCUACAUUCAUUAUAGUAGUACACAUGGAAUCACAUCAAAGAUGUCAAUGUAA